CCCCAGCUUUCUCUCUCUACCCCUCCCUCCCUCCCUCCCUUCCAACCCCCUUUAAAGGCCACGACUCGUUCCAAACGACCAACGCCUCUCUCUUCUUCGCCCCCCUCUCUGUUUCUCCACCCCUCCGAUCUUCGCCUUUCCCUUCUGCUGCUCUACUGCUCCCAGGAGAUCGCCAGUCGGUAUUACAGAAGAAGAGGGACCUUCAUCCCCCUAAAUUCUGUGACAGAGGAGUUCAUUUGAUUCCUGUGCUGUGGUCUUGAAGUUCUUUCUCCCAUGCUACCUGCCAGCAGGAGUAGAAGUCAGCCUAGGGCUGGUAGAUCUUGGCCCUUUUCAGGGAUGGAUUACUCAGAUUCAAGACGCAAGCCUCAUUUUCUUGGAAAAGUUCUUAUAGCUGCUAUUUUCACAACCUUAUGCAUAUUCAUUUUGAAGCAAUCCCCUGGUUUCACUGGUGAUAGUGCCUUUGCUCGUCAUGAAUCUGGGGUAACCCAUGUCUUAGUAACAGGAGGUGCUGGCUAUAUUGGCUCACAUGCUGCACUUCGGCUCUUGAAGGACUCAUAUCGAGUAACAAUUGUGGAUAAUCUUUCUAGGGGAAAUAUUGGUGCAGUUAAGGUUCUCCAGGAGCUAUUUCCAGAGCCUGGGAGACUUCAAUUCAUUUAUGCUGAUUUGGGCGAUGCAAAAGCUGUUAACCAAAUAUUUGCACAAAAUGCAUUUGAUGCUGUUAUGCACUUUGCAGCUGUUGCUUAUGUGGGGGAAAGUACACUUGAACCUCUAAGGUACUACCACAAUAUAACUGCAAACACAUUGGUCAUUCUUGAGGCCAUGGCAGCACAUGGUGUUAAAACUCUUAUUUACUCGAGCACAUGUGCAACUUAUGGGGAGCCUGAAAAAAUGCCUAUUACAGAAGAAACUCCUCAGUUUCCCAUCAACCCAUAUGGCAAGGCCAAGAAAAUGGCGGAAGACAUGAUUUUGGAUUUCUCAAAGAACUCAGACAUGGCUGUGAUGAUUUUAAGAUAUUUCAACGUCAUCGGAUCAGAUCCAGAGGGAAGGUUAGGUGAGGCUCCCAGACCUGAAUUACGAGAGCAUGGACGUAUAUCUGGCGCAUGCUUUGAUGCAGCAUUAGGAAUCAUUCCGGGGCUGAAGGUUAAAGGAACAGACUAUCCCACAGCUGAUGGAACUUGUAUAAGAGAUUAUAUUGAUGUCACUGAUCUGGUUGAUGCUCAUGUAAAAGCCCUUGACAAGGCAAGCCCCAACAAAGUUGGUAUCUACAAUGUCGGUACCGGAAAAGGUAGAUCAGUUAAGGAGUUUGUGGAAGCCUGCAAGAAAGCAACCGGGGCCACCAUUAAAGUUGAAUACCUUGACCGCAGACCAGGUGACUAUGCUGAAGUCUACAGCGACCCUUCAAAGAUUAAUCGUGAGCUCAACUGGACUGCACAGUACACUGAUCUUCAAGAGAGCCUUUCCAUUGCUUGGAGAUGGCAGAAAUCACAUCAAAAUGGCUAUGGAUCACCCUUAGUUAUGAAAUUUUGAUUACACUUUUUGAAUCAUUCGUUAUAUACAUGGAUGGAGAUGUGGGCUUUGAUUUGGAAGCCCUUUGCCUGCAUCUGUUGCUUAAUUUUUGGCAGAAUUACUUCAGCAGCAAACAAAAAGGAUGUAGAUGCAUAGGAGAGCCUUUUAUGAGCAUUUCAGAGGUUGGUGGGCAUUAUUUAUUUAUUAUUUUUGCAUGAGACAGUAGAAAUGCAAUGAUCAAUGCAGCUGAUCAUUACACACCAUUCUUGAUUGGUCUCUCUUGUAAUAUGCUUAUCAUUAUGUUAUACAAAAUGAAUCAAAAGGUGAUAUUUAUUCUUUUUCUCUGGUUCAG